AGAACUGCAGAAAAAAGCGCAGCAGCCUCGUGAAAAAAACUACAAAAGCAAAUUGAUAAAUUAUUUGCAAAGAUGAUAAAUAAUAAGAAGAGUGCCGUGGGAAACGCAAGUAAAAUGUGAAAACCAGUGGAAUUGAUGAAUUCACGCACAUUUGUGGUGGUUGCUGACUACUACAAUUGUAUAUGUAUGUAUACACAUACACAAAUACAUACACAUGAGUUUGCGUAGGAGGCAUCAAAAUAACAACAGCAGCAGCAGCAGCAAUAGCAGUAGCAGUCGAAGAACCAACAAAGAAGAAGUCAAAGUCUUCACCAUAUGUUCGAUGCAUCUAUGGUGUGUCCGCGUGCAUCGUCAGCUCGGUAACGUUCCAUGGAAAUUCCAGUGCCAAUGUCAAGCAGUCAAAGUCAAAGCGAGCUAACGCUAGCUUAGUGAUUAUUAUCAAUAUAUAUCAUUCAAUAGUUGCCGCCCCUCCCCGCCCUCGUUACCUAUUGCUUCGCUUAAAUUCUCAUUAUCAUUACCAAUACAAUUACCCGGGAUACCUCUCACUGUACAUCAGUUAGAAACAAGUGUCAACUCUACAAAAACAACAACAACAACAAGAACACAUACAUAAACAUAGAGUAAGUCAGAGCAGGCAACAAAAUAUAAUUGGAACCCAAAAGGGCCGCUGGAGAGCGUGCAACGCACUAUGGGCAAUUGCCUGAAAUGCUUCCAGUCCUCGUCUGCCGCACCAACGUUGCCAACAACCACAACAACAACAACCAGCUGCUCAUCUCCAAACGCAUUGCACACAAACGCCAAUAGCUGCCAAGCGGCCACCAGCAUUGGCAACUGCUACGAAAUUGUUGGGCCCAAUUCAAAUGAACGUUACGCCCUUUACAACGACAGGCCACGCGAAACCGAUGAAUUGCUCUCUUCUCGAACUCCACUCAAGCCAGCAAACAAUUGUGAUACUAAGCGUAAUAGUUUUAAGUCCUUAGGCUUGCUUAAUGGAAGUGCGCCCACCAUGAGCGAAAUUAUAACAACUGCGGUCAAGGAAUCAAUGGAGGUGUCACAUCAAACGCUUAACAAACUCUUUGAUGUCUACAAAGAUCCUGACGAUGAAGAUAUGAUACUCACUGAUGGCAUUGAGCGUUUGUGCAACGAUCUUAACUAUCAGCCCGAUGAGUUUGCAAUACUUGUGCUUGCCUGGUGCCUGGAUGCCUCACAGAUGUGCCGCUUUACCAAAACCGAAUUCAUUGAAGGACUGCACAAAAUGCGGGCGGACACAAUUGCCAACAUACGCCUGAGACUUGAACAGACUAUUGAGAUGCUGAAGGUGGAUGCGGAAAUGUUCAAGCAGCUCUAUCGUUUUACCUUUCGAUUUGGCUUGGAGCCCGAUCAGCGGGUCUUGUCGCUGGAAAUGGCAAUCGAUUUGUGGAAACUUGUGUUCACUGUACAAACACCUGAUCUCUUUUCAAACUGGGUAAACUUCCUCGAAAAGCAUCCGAACAUACGCCGCAUACCCAAGGAUACAUGGAACAUGUACCUCAAUUUUACCGAACAAUGUGAUAUAGACAAUUACGAUGAUACCGAAGCGUGGCCAAGUCUCUUCGAUGACUUUGUCGACUAUGAGAAGAAUCGUAAGCUGGAAGUGGCCGUGCACGAUGAUGACAACAACAAUGACGAUCCAUUACAGAGCCAUGUCAAAUCCGGCUGCGAAACAACGCGUCACGUGUCAUAGUUGUAAGAAGCAGCCAGUAGUAGCCAAACACACAUACACAUACACACCACACACGACACACACACUCUUAUAUACACUAUAUAUAUAUAACCGUCUAGGGCCAAGCAACCAACAACGUUCAACUCGCCAAUAGUAAUUUAAUGCUGUAUAUUUAAAACUCGAUAUAAUGAUUUGCUCUCUUUAACUUUAACCAAGUAUCAAUCAAUUACGCUGUUCUCUAGCAAACGCUUAAUUAUGUUUACACCUCUAUUAGUCAGUUUCUUUGGCCAAACCUUUGGUCAUAGAUCUACGAUGCGGUGCUGGCGCUGCUUGAUGAUGAUUCACAACAAUUAAACCAACACCAGCAAAUACCACAAUCAGCAAAACAAAAAAAACAAAAAAGCGAAGAAGUAGAACAAAUGCAUAGUGUUAACAAAACCAGCCAGUGAGCCAUUGAGCCAGCUAGAUGAUAAUUUAACUUGCAAGCAACAAAAAGAAAACAAAUUGAAAGUGCGCGUAGUGACACAAGACACAAGAAAAGGGCAACGGACGCAUUUGUUUAUAAAUUAAAGACUUAUCAACAAGAAUUUUAAAAAAUGAAAAGCUCAAUCAUACGAAACCACAUGUGUAUAUACUAACUUGACUUGAUUAAGUAGAAGAGCAAACAUCUUUUCAAUGUGUGCAAAUCGUAUAUUAUACAAUAUAUAGAUAUAUAUAUAUAAAACGAAAAAACAAAAACAAUAUAUAUACAAACAUACAUAUAGCAAUUAACGGAUGUAUUAUUUUAAAUUGAAAAGAUUGCAACAUUUUAUGGCACGUAACUAUUGAAUUGCAUAUAAAUUACAUACUUAGCUCUAAGUAGUGGAUGUGAAUUAAAUAAACAUAAACUAAACUAA